AUGCAUAUGGGGAGUGCUCGUGUCAGUAGCGGUUGCAAAAAGAGUAAAAAGUAUGUGCAGUCAAGAUUACAGAUCGGUAAGAAGAGAAAUGAGGUUAUAAAGUGCUCCAAAUGUGAAAUGACAUAUUCACCUUCUGUGAUAAAUGAUAUCAAUGCCCAUAAAGUAUACCAUGACAUGCAUCUAAAGGGAAGGAAGUGGUCUAAUAGCUGGGGCCUUGAGGUGAAUAGUUUUGCGAAUGACAAUUGUUACGUGCUUACGCCGCCAUCCUCGUCAUCAUCCAAAGGAGUUGACGGUGGAUUCUUUGACGACCGCAUCGUCAUGAUACGACCUGAUUUCGCUGGCGAGGUAAAAGCAGCAAUGGAACUUCUAGAUAUUGUUAAUGAUGAAUUAAAUGCCCCACAUGAUGAAAACGAUUUUUGGAGUCAGAAUCGAGGCCAAGGAAAGGCCUUUGUCUAUAUAAAAAACAAAAGGGCCGUUGGAGUCAUUACAAUGGAGGUUUUGGACUCGGAUAGAGGCAGAUGGAUGGUUUACAAUACAAAAAGUAUAAUAGAACAUGUACGACCAAACUUCUUGGUGGGUAUAUCAAGGAUAUGGGUAUGUCGAACCGAGAGGUGUGCUGGGGUUGCGACAAGAUUACUGGAAGUGGCGAGAGAUAAUACUAUUUAUGGAAAGACAAUUGAAAAAUGGGAAGUUGCAUGGAGCCAGCCGACUGAAAGUGGUGGAAAAUUAGCUUCUAAGUAUAAUGGGCGGAAACACAAAUCUGGUAAAUUGCUUUUACCAUGCUAUAUAUAA